GUUCCGGACCGUGGCUGCCUCCGGAUUCCGAAUCAGCAGCCGGGAGGCAGGAUGGCGCGCUACUUGCAGAGGAGCAGCUGUGGGCACCGGGGAGAAGGACUGAGGGCGACCGCAGCCCUGGUCCCCGGGCAGCUCCUCUAUUCCGCUUCGCCCUAUGCUUACAUUCCUUCCAAGAAAGCCAGGGGAUCCAUCUGUGAACACUGCUUUUCCAGGAAGGAAUCUCUGCUGCGAUGUUCUCAGUGCAAGUUGGCAAGAUAUUGCAAUGCAACAUGCCAGAAAUUGGCCUGGCCAGAACACAAGCGUGAAUGCAAGUGUUUGAGAAGCAUCUAUCCUCAAGUUCCAACUGAUAUGGUUAGGCUUGUUGCAAGGAUAAUCUUUAAAUUGAUGACUGGGUCGUCCUGCUCAUCAGAGGAGUUGUACCCUGUGUCAGACCUACAAUCCAAUAUCAAAGAGAUGAGUGAAGAAGUGAAAGAAGGCCUUGGGCAACUUGCAAUCAUGCUGCAAUUUUAUAUGAAAGAGGAAAUUCACGAUGCAUCCCAGCUGGUUCCUGGUUUAAAUCUUCUUCACCUCUUUGGUCAAGUGACAUGCAACUGUUUCACCAUCAGUGACAGCGAGAUGCAGGAAGCUGGUAUCGGCCUCUACCCCAGCAUGUCUCUGCUGAACCACAGCUGUGACCCGAACUGUGUGAUGGUCUUUGAAGGGAAACUGCUCCGGCUUCGCGCAGUUCAACAGAUUCAGCGGAAUGAAGAGCUGACGGUCAGUUAUAUCGAUGUCAUGGCAACAAGCCAGGAGCGACGGAGACAGACAGAGAAGCAGUACUGCUUUACAUGUGACUGCCAACACUGUGAGACCGGACACAAGGAUGCUGAUAGGCUGGCUGGUGAGGAGCACUGCUGGAUGGAAGUCAAGGACAUGAUUCCAAAGGUGGAGGAAUUACAGGCUGCUGCAAACUGGGAGCAGCUUGUGGACACCUGCCAAGCUUUUACAAGUAAGAGUCAAGAUGUCCUUCCAGACACAAACCUCUAUCUGCUGAAGAUGCUUGAUGCCGCCAUGGAUGCUUGUAUUCACCUCGCUCGGUGGGAGGACGCCUUGUCUUUUGGCCUGAGGACUCUGCAUCCCUAUCAGUUGUACUACGCUGGUCCACAUCCCGUGAGAGGAGUGCAGCUCAUGAGGGUGGGCAAGCUGCAACAUCACCAAGGGAAGCUGAGCCAAGCAUUGGGCACUCUAAAGCAGGCAUUUGACGUUCUGAAGGUGACCCAUGGAAGGGAACAUCCCCUGACCAGCAACCUGCUGCAGCUUCUGGCAGACUGUGAGGCGGAACUCAACAGCAGACUGGAGUAGAUGUCAAUGCCAGCCGGUGUGUGUGUGUGUGUGUGUGUGUGUGUGUGUGUGUGUGUGUGUGUGUGUGUGUGUGUGUGUGUGUGUGUGUGUGUGUGUGUGUGUGUGUGUGUAAAUGUGUGCACGCGUGUGCACACUCACAUGCACCUGCAAGUGUGACCCUGCAUAUGUGCAUGCAACUGGUUGUGCAGAUCUACUUGUAUGUGCAGAUACCUUGAUGUCUGAGGGUUGCCUUAAUGCUAGACCAAAACAAAGGAAGAGAGAAGUAGUUGCUUAAAUAAAAACAGAAAAUGUUGGAACUACUCACCAGGUCAGACAACAUCUGUGGAAAGAAAAACAAAAACGGUUAAUAUUUCAGGUCUGGGACCUUUCACCAGAACUGACCCUUCACCAGUUCUGAUGAAGGAUCCCAGACCUGAAACGUUCACUGCUUUUCUCUGCACGGAUGCUGCCUGACCUGCUGAGUGUUUCCAGCAGUUUCUGUUUCUCUUAUACAUUUCCAGCAUCAGCAGUUUUUUUUUUAUUUUCAGUAGUUGUUUAAAACUGGACUAACCCAAGAAGAUCAAAUGGAUUGUAUUGAACUUUACUGUGAGGUAUAAACAUCUCAUCCAUCAUUGGGAUAGCAGACACUGAGCGAACACAGUCCACAAGGGUUGUGGAUGGACUUUCAACACAUUUGAAUUACACAGCCAUAUACUUUGCUUAAAUCCCAUCCCAUUGACUCAGUUUAGGUUUCUCUUUGGGGAGGAGCUGUGGGCUUUACUGGUGGAAAGCUUCCUUGGCCUCCGUGACAUCAUGGAGAUGAGGUCUCUUUGAGGAUGAGGCAGAACCAAACCAGCCAAAGGUAGAAGGCUCUGAGACCUGAUAUAACCCCUUUUUCUGUUUGCGUACUUUGACUUCAAUAAACAAUAGUGUGUGA